AUGCCCAGAGGUAAGUCUUCUGCCUGUAAGACAUGUACGCUCCCUACCAAUGAGCUAUGAUCAUGCCACGGUCUUCCAAAGCCGAAGCUUCUUAUUCCUCCCACCAUAUGACUCUACAGUGGUACCUCGGGUUAAGUACUUAAUUCAUUCCAGAGGUCCGUUCUUAACCUGAAACCGUUCUUAACCUGAGGCACCACUUUAGCUAAUGGGGCCUCCCACUGCUGCCAAUGCAUGAUUUCUGUUCUCAUCCUGAGGCAAGGUUCUGACUUAACCCAAGGUACUACUUCCGGGUUAGUGGAGUCUGUACCCAAAGUGUUUGUAAGCCGAGGUACCACUGUCCUGGCUCCCAGGUGCCUUCUGCAUCUGGCAUAGACUGCAUCUGGUGCUUUGAAGAGCUGCCUCUCGCUUCUGCUCUUAUUUCCAAAUGCACCUUUACCUGUGACAUCCCACCCAGCUGCCAGGUGGUCUCCUGCAACCCCUCUCCUUAUUUCUGUCCCUCCUUAUGCAUGGGACUGUCUCCACACAAGUCCUGGAGGGUUGAUACCUUCUUUUAAGAACUCCUUAGUUCCCCUUUCUUCUCCAUGUAUAAAUGACUCAACAGCGAGGCCAAAUAGCAGGGACUUUGGGGUCUGUCUUCAUCCCACUUCCUGAGUUUAGUUACUGCCAUUUGUCUGAGCAGCAGCAGUCUUUUUGCUUCCAUUGCAGGCUGCACCUCCUCUCAAGAAUUCGGAAGAAGCAGAUCUGUGCCUGCUGCACUGAGAGAGAGAAAGGCCUGGCUGGAAAAUGCAUGCAUCAUUCUUGCAUUUGACUUCCAAGAGAAAAAUCCUGACAUAGGCAAGCUGUGCCUCUUCCUUUCUGUGCUGCUGCAGUAGCUCCAGAGAUUUAGGCUUUUAGCACCUUUCCCACUCUACAGAGGUAGCGGACCUGUUAGGACAGUGCACCCUCAGCGGCUGAUGGAUACAAUGGGUUUCCAGGCGGUUCUGGGAGAUUUCUGAGGCUGAAGCCCUGGCCAACCUCUAGUACUGGCAUACGAAGGGGGGGCGGGGGAAUGCGCUGCACCGGGUACCAUUUGGGGAAAGGGUGCCAUCACAGCUGCGCCCCUGGAACGCGCACCAGCCACGCCCCUACCUGUUCUCCGCUCCGGGGGCUGCAGCACGUUGAGACUACAAUUCCCAUCAGCCUUGACCACUGAUCCCGCUCGCUAGGGAUCAUCGGAGCUGUAGGCCAAAAACAUCUGGGGGGCUGAGGUUGAGGAAGCCUGAUCUAGAACAUCUGAAUGGCUCAAGCCAUUGACAUGAUUGCUCCUGCUUGAGAGCCUGCCUGGCUCCCUGGUAUACUGCAGAGCUUAGGGCAAGGAAAUGAGCCGGGAGACAGCUUCAAUUAUGAGCGUAGCCAGGAUUUUUUUGGGAGGGGCCAGCAGUGGUAUAGCUAGCCGUGAGGGCGGGGCAAGCCUCUCCAAAGCUUGGAGCCUCUCCGCCGCCCCCCCCCCAGCUGUAGGGCGGCUGAGGGAGAGGCAGAUGCAAGUCCCACGCUGCUGUUUCAGGCAGGGCAGAACCUGCACGCGCCUAAGCCACCAUGUCACUCCUAAAAAGUUUCGUGAGCCCUUUUAAAAAACAAAAACUCAUUUUGUCACACACACCCCAGUGAUAACACCCAGGGCGGGGGGCGCCCCCUUCCUCCGCCACUGGGGGGCAGAGCCUCAGUUAGCUAUUUUUAUUGAUGGGGGGGGGGAGCUGGCCCUCCCUACCCACCCAAGGCUUCCAUGCAAGUGGAGAAAAACUCCAGUUGAAUGCAGUUGAGCACUGAUGCAGGCUUAUCAUCAAGAAGGCCUACUUUGCUGCCUCCACUGCAUCCCAGCUGGGCCACCCAGAAGAGCUUUUCCAGAUGGUGCAGAACCUUUUAGCCUGGCCCAAAGGAGGUGGUGGGGCCCACAGUACCGCACUGUGACUUGUCUGCAAAGCUCUUUGAGGAUAAAAUUGCUUGCACCCACUGGGACCUUGACUGCUGUUACAGCAGAUGAAUCUCAAGGUGUCUAGCCCUGCUGUGUUGGAUGAGUUAUGGUUCAUAAGGCUCAAGGACGUGGACAAGGUGCAUGGAUCAGUCAGGGUGAAUACUUGUUGUUUUUUGUAUUUUGGUUAAAAGAUAAAAUGCUACGUAUAAUAAAAUGAAGAAUUCCAUAGAUAGCAAGAUCCAAGUUUGGGACAAGUACUCUUUCGUGAUAAAACCCUAGGAAAGAUUUAAAAUCAUCAAAUAUGCAAAAUAAGUGUGGAAUUAUAAGUUGUUACAAGGAACACAAAGAGACACAAAAUCCAAAGAAACAAACUUAUUUUUUAUAGGCCCAUGAUUCUUUUUUCCUUUCACAGUGCAGGGAACAAUCAAAGAUUUAGUCAUCAUAAACCAAAAAAGGUGCAAUUAUGCUUCAGAAUAUAAUUACAAGAACACCACAACUAUAGCAGUUAAUAGUACCAUGAAAUUCCAACAGACAAUUCCAAUAGUAAGUAGAAUAAACCAGAACUUGACAUACAGUGUCAUCUGAUGCAGAAAAAGGUGUCCAUUCUGUUCAGGGAAAAGACAGCUCCAAAGGAAGGGUUUCUUAAUCCUUUUAUCAAGGAUUAUGCUCCUUUGCCACCAGACCAUGGCCUAUCAGGGUCCAUACCUGGACCUGGGAGGUAAUAAGUUCCCACAGCUGUAUUCGAGGUCAUUAAGGAUGGGGGAAGAGUGCAAAGACCCCCUGGAGAUAUUAAGCACAAAUAAUGUUCUACGUUAACAUCAAAUAAAUUAGUCAAUAGAAAAUAUUAGGAGUUAUUUCUGGCAAAUCAUGGGUGAACCUUGGGCAAUUUCAGUAUAUGUCUUUAAUCAGUUCUGUUAAAAGGUUCUCUUUAUUAUUCACAUGCAAUAAAAUCUGGGACCAAAACAAUCACCCUGACGAAAACAGAAUAUUCAUCUAAUAAGCAUCAGAAAUCUGGAAUUUACAGCAGCCUGUUGACAUAAACAUGCCAAGCAGCUAAAUGUAUGAAACAAAGAUGGGGAGCUUACUACUACAUAAGGAGAGAGAUUGUUUUUUAAAAAUGGUAUUUCAUUUUAGCAGAGAUGCUCAGUCUGGGCAAAGGGAAAUCGAGGGCAGGGGAUCCUGGCCAGCACAGCAACCCACAAAAUUUAUGUGGAUGACUACAAAUCCUUAAUUCAUAACUAAGAUACAGAAGCAAUGCUGGCAGCUGAUCCUCUCACUCAUAAAUUAUGUACAUUCAAUUGCCACCAUUUUGGAAAGUGAGACUGAAAGAGCCCCAUAUGUCUCCUCUGGAGCAUGGCAGGGAUAAUAUCUGUGCCUGCUGUUCAUGCCCCACUUUGAGCAUGAAUACAUCGCUUGUGCCAGGGAACCUAACUUGCAACUUUGAUCCCACCUUACAGGGUUAUGGGAACUUUCCAUGACUGCUAUUGACAACAAAGAGGGAACAUUUUUCUACCCUUUUCUGCAAAAGGGAGGAAGACAUUGGCUAUUGAAUGCACUUCAUCCUUCUAUUCCCAGCGGGACAGUAAAGAAUGACGGGACGCUAUAUUGGAAAGAGGGUGUGUGGGCCCUAACCUCCAAAGCAAGACACAGAACAGUGAACUGGGUAAGAUCAAAAGAAUAAAACUUGCUACUCCAGAAAUGUUAGAAAGAAGUAUGCAAGCUUUAAUACCACGAGAGAUAAAAUGUAUUUAAAUAAAAUAAAGGGAUUAAUAAAUAUACUGCUAUAUCCAAUCGAUGCCUGAUCAACCAACUCUUGUGACAAACAAUUGUGCCAAGACCAAAAUGUGUUCCAACCAUGUGGGACUUCCUCAGUGAUCCAAAACAUUUCUCCAUAUGAUGUGUCACAGUAAAUCUAGUUUGUCUGGAUGAUCUGCAUUUGAUCUUAUGCAUCAUUUGUUGCUUCUCAUAUCUGGAUCUAUCAUUUUAUUUAUUAUUUAUUAUUGUAUUUAAACAUCUAUAUUAAUCAACAACAACAAUUGUAUUGUUUACACCCUGCCUAUCUGGCUGGGUUUACUUAUUGAAUGGGUUUAUUUAUCGUGGCACUGAUAAACAUUUUAGUGUUUCACUUUACUGGAUUCAGCUGCAUCAAGAUCUCACUGAAUCUGCUACUGGCAGCCCCUCUCCGGCUCUCCUGUAUUGAGAGGGGACUGGCACAGCCACAGCAUUGCAACGCUGUGACAUGGGCUACUUUCUGCAAUGGGAAGACAGAAAAGGGAGGCGGCCAAUGCGAGCCUAAGAAUUAUUUCCCUCUGGUAUUACCUACAAAAAAAGUUCAUCAGAACAAGGUCCAAGGGGCACCAAGGGGCACAGGCACUCUCCCUGUUCAGGUGAGGAGUGCAGUGACACCCUGUGGACUAGAAGCGGAUUUGUCAAGGAAGUUUGUUUCACAACAUUCCACAGUAUCAGACGCGGAUAUUUUUGUCAAUAUGAUAACUGGUUAUAUCAGUUUACAAAAUAUUUAAUAAGAGGGGGAUAAAGAGGUCAUUGACUCUUGUUUGGAAAAGCCUUAAACAAAGGAAAUCAUUAAUGUGCAGGUGAUGUAAAAAUCUCAACUCAUGAGCAUUUUCCCUAUUACUGUUUUAACAUCAAACUUUUAAGAUACAGACAUCAUAUAAAAAUACACACACAUACUUCAUGGAAUUCCUGCAUAGCGGGGGGGGGGGGGGAUGUAUCAGUACUCAACAACGAAUUCCUAUGAUAACAAUGGAAACCAGCAUUUAUUAAUUUUUUAGGUGCAGUGGAGGUCCUACUUCUCUUGUGCAAGCUGGAGGAGAAGAAGAAAAACAUGA